AUGGGAUUCGAUGCAGAGAUUGACGAAUCGUCCAAGAUCAACGACGAGAUUAACUGUGGAGUUUGUCGCUCAAUCUUAGAGGAACCAAGUGUUGUAACUUGCUGCCAAGGCCAUUUUUGUAAAAAGUGCCUUGACAUGGUGAAACAAAAUGCUUUGGCGAACAAUUUUGCUCCAAGAUGUCCGAAUUGCCGAAAGGGGAAUUUCAAAGAGGAGAAGGCACGACUAAUGGCGAAGGUUUUGAGCACAAUCAAGCUCAUGUGUCCUGUCGAUGAAUGUGGAAUGUCGGUGCCUUACGACAAAUUCAAGGAGCAUCAGAAAGCUUGCCUCGCGUUGCAGGGGAAGAAAUGCCCAGAGUGCAAGCAGGCGACUUCGCUGAAGAAGGCUCACGAGCAUUGGAUGUGCUUCGAGAAAAACGCAAGAAGACUAAAAGAAGCGAAGAAAAGAUACGCAGCACAGGCCAAAGAACUUGAAGAGAUUAAAAAGGAACAACCACCUGGGCCAAAAAGGAAGAAAGUUGAAGUUAAAACUGAAAACGAAGCGCCGGCCAAGAAUGGAUGGACGCUCAAGUUCGCAGGCGCCACAUGUCCGUCGGCGACGCUGCCACCCGCUUCGAUACUCCCCACAUGGGGAGGAUGCCAUUAUCUCUGGAUCUGCAACAAAGACGGCGGAGUACCCUUCAAAGCUGUCGUGCAGGAAAUUCUUACUCACAACGGACACGAAUUUAGCAGAGAAGAGACGACAAGCAAGUUGGAUGGACACGCGCAAAGAAUGGCGUCUAAAUUUGGAUUCUAUGAGAGUUUCGUAAGAUACAAUAUUACACUUCUAUAA